UUUUCAAAGUAUAUAUCGAGUAGAAAAUAAUAUUUAAUCAGACAAUGAUUUAAAUAAAAAAGAAGUAUGUGAAUACAAAGUAAAAUAAAUUAAGGGUUAUUCAAGGGCCCCUAUGGUCCUGAGGCCCGGGACAACAUACCCGGUUGCCUCCACCCCCGUCGACGGGCUUGAAUAUAUGAUCAGUCUUCGUUAUGUCGUUCACUUACAGUACAUCCUGUGCAUCUCCAGGGGGCUAAGGCCCCCUUGUUCUUAAAACCUAGCGACGCCCCUGCCGUCAAUGGCAAUCAAACUCCUGGAACAAAGAGUGAAUUUCAUGUGAGUGGAAAGUUACCAGCCAAGCAAAGUUCAAUGCAAUCUGCUAUGACUCUGCAGAAGGCUCCAAAGCUAUUCGUUUGGUGGAAGCAAACUGGCAGAAAAUGACGCAUGUGCGCAAUUUUAUAUGCAGAUGAAGAUGUUUUUUUGCUGUUCUUCUGCGCAGGUACUUUACAAUAAACGUGGCACAUCAUUCGGAAUAUGAUGUACCCGCAGAUGUUGCAGUGGAAUAGUGAUGGCUGCUCGUUUAGAUAAAUGGGUGUGGUGGUGCUGGUGGAGAUAAUCAGCGGAUAUGUCUGCGCUUAUAGGAAAAUAAUGUUCACAAAUCAUGACACGGUUUCAUUUAUUUCCAAUUCUGCCAAGAGGCAACAUUGCAUAAGCAGCAUACACAUGAUGUGAGGAAAUUUGUUCACCCGUGUGAUGAAUGGGAGAGGGAGGGCGAGAAUUGAGAGACGGAGAGAGAGCUUGUGCGUUGUGCCAUGAGCAUUUUUUGGGGGACCUUCUGGAAAAAGCAAAGAGCAGGAAAAAAAAUAUCAAUUUGAAAAGAAUGAUGACGGAGUGACGCUGACUAUGGGCUUUUGCAGCUGAUUUGCGGCUUCACGAUGCUUAGUGCGUUUUGCGCUGUGCCAUUCUGUGCCAGGGGAACAAGCAGGAGAGCCGCGCACGGCUUGUACAGCUGCUGCCGGCAUGUUCGCAGCUCCACACACUGAACAAGGUAAUUGGAAUAAAAUACAUCGAUGUGGCGUUCCUCCAUCGUCUUAUUUUUCUCGCCUCGACCCGCUUUACGCAUGACGAUGCGCUGAUUUUUUUUUUUUUUUCUUUUUGAUGGAAGCUCGUGUUUUCCCACCUUGCGACAAAAAGAUAUUGAGGAAAAUGCCGUAUUUCGACGCCGAGUGUGAGGAUGUGUGUGUCGUCGCUGCAGCACGCCGGCGUGCUCUCCGGUUCAAGGCGGGAACGACUCAGCUCAGCUGAAGAGGAGACGCAAACCCCGGGAGCUCAUGUUUGGGGUGUCCCUAAAGAGCAGCAGGCAAAAUCUACAAGCAAGCAUCCUGGUGUGUGUUUUUUUCUAAAGUGGACCACAGCCCUGAUGCGGGUUGAGUGUGUGAAAAGUCAGCAAGCCUUCUGCCAGGUUUGCCUCAGCAGACAGGCAGCUCUGCAUGUCUGAUGUUAGAGGCUGGACAUUUGGCUGCACCCCCUCCCCCUGGAACUCUCAGGCAAAAUCUUUAACCUGGGCGCGAGCAGCGUUACUGAUUCAAUUGGACAUUAGUGAAGCCAAAGGUUCCACUCCCAAAGUCAACCCCCGGAAAGCAGGGUCAGGAUGCAGGUGUCCUUCGCCUGCACCGAGCACAACCUCAAGAGUCGCAGCGAGGACCGACUUUGUGGCCUUCGCACCGCUCCGCCCCCUGGGGGCAGCAGCGGAGGAGUAGGAGGAGGUGGCGGCGGAGGAGGAGGCGGCGGAGGCGGUAGUGGCGGAGGAUCAGGCGCGGGAGGUGGCGGUGGAGGAGGAGGGAGCGGGCAGGAGCGCAAUGGCAACUACUCGUCCCAAGGGUCAGUCAAGGCCAGGGAGGGACCCGGGUCCCGACAGACCCCUCAGGGUCACGCGCACAUGAAGGAAGCUAUUGGGCGGCACACUAGUAUGAAGUACAGGAACCUCGGAAAAUCCGGCCUGCGUGUUUCCUGCCUCGGUUUAGGCACAUGGGUGACGUUUGGGUCGCAAAUAUCUGACGAGAUGGCAGAAAACCUGAUGACCUUAGCAUAUGAGAACGGAGUCAACCUAUUUGACACCGCAGAGGUUUACGCCUCAGGAAGAGCAGAGAUCACGCUGGGAAACAUUAUCAAGAAGAAAGGAUGGAGACGCUCAAGUUUUGUAAUCACUACAAAGAUCUACUGGGGAGGCCAAGCAGAGACUGAGAGAGGGCUCUCCAGAAAGCACAUCAUUGAAGGAUUAAGAGGAUCCUUAUCAAGACUUCAACUGGAUUAUGUAGACAUUGUCUUUGCCAACAGAAACGAUGUCAACAGUCCCAUGGAAGAGAUCGUGCGGGCCAUGACGUUUGUUAUAAACCAGGGCAUGGCCAUGUACUGGGGCACCUCACGCUGGAGUGCUAUGGAAAUCAUGGAAGCCUACUCAGUGGCCCGCCAGUUCAAUUUGAUACCACCUGUGUGCGAGCAGGCAGAGUAUCACUACUUUCAGAGGGAUAAAGUAGAAGUGCAGCUACCUGAGCUCUACCACAAGAUCGGUGUCGGCGCAAUGACCUGGUCACCACUGGCGUGUGGAUUAAUCACUGGCAAGUACAGCGACGGAGUACCAGAGUGCUCCAGAGCAGCAAUGAAGGGCUACCAGUGGCUGAGAGAGCGAGUGAACAGUGAGGAGGGGCGCAGGCAGCUAGCUAAAAUCAAGGAGCUCCACCUACUGGCAGACAGGCUGGGAUGCACCGCCGCACAGUUGGCCAUCGCAUGGUGUCUUCGCAGUGAAGGAGUCAGCUCGGUGCUGUUGGGGGUUUCAAAUACAGACCAGCUCUUGGAGAACCUCGGUGCACUGCGGAUUUUAUCCCAAAUGACCCCACAAACAGUCACAGAGAUGGACGCCGUGCUGGGAAACAAGCCACACUCAAAGAAGGAGUCUCGAGCUUGAACAUCCGCCGUCCGAGCAAGAGGAAGAAGAACGAGCAAGAAGACAAAAAGACUUUGCUUUUUCUCUGCUGUAUACUCAACAACUUGCAUGUCCUCAGCAACAUUAAGCUUCCAGAAUGAGCGCAUAAACCAUUGUGCGCAGUACAUUGUAUCAUGUAUGGGUAAAAAAAAAAACUUGCAGUUGUUAAUCAGAACAAAAACUGGUCAUUCUAAUAGUCACUGACAGGAUAAUUACGUCUCCAGUAGAGGAGCUCAAAGGCUAAACGUGGACUUUUGAUGCAAAAAGGAAAGUCAACGACACCAUGAAAAGACUGUUUUAGUGGUGAGUUUGCUGUUGGUGGGCAUUUAUGGCCUCCGUACUAUCUGAUCUGUUGUCCUGACGACAAAAGAAGCAGGAGCAAGAAGGGCGGAGCUUAGUUCUCAUGUGCCGUGCCCAACAUUUACAUUAGUGUGCAUGCAACUGGUCAGGCGAACGUUCACUGCUUUACCAAGGUGGGCACAGCGGAUCACUUGAGUGGUUAAAAUAAAAAAGAUGACAUCACAUGCUUUUUAGAAAUAGGCAGAUUACUCAGAGGUAUGAAAAAAUGCACUAAAAACAUGAGAUUAUAGUUUACAAAGUUUGGCUGGGAACUCCUGCUCUUAAUGAAAAUGAAUGCAUUUCAAAAAGUAGCUGAAA